GUGACUACUUAGAUAGCUCACCCAGAGGCCCGGUUGUUGAGGGCAAAGUUUCGCUUGCUUUCCGGCCACACCGACCCACUCCACCAAACACCAGCCAUGUCGGCCCGGCUGGUUGCCGAGGCGUCAUGCAGCACCUCCUCUUCGCGCCUGGCCAUUAAGCCGGGCAGCACGCCGCUGCUGCGCCCAUGCACGCUCCGGUGCAAGGCAUUCUCGAGCAGCUCGACUCGCGUCAGCUCGCCUGUCUCAGCCGCAAUCCCCAGCCGGCGCGUAAUUCGGCCUCUCAAGGCUGUGGAGACUGUUGAUGCGCCCUCGGCCGCAUCGACCGGUGCCACGCCCAGCGCACCUCCCCAGGCGUAUCCUUUCACGGAGAUUGAGGCCAAGUGGCAGGCGUACUGGGAGCAAAACCAAACUUUUCGCACUCCGGAUCAGGUGGACACCAGCAAGCCCAAGUACUAUGUGCUGGACAUGUUUCCUUACCCCAGUGGCGCGGGCCUGCACGUGGGCCACCCCGAGGGCUACACCGCCACCGACAUCCUGGCCCGCUUCAAGCGCAUGACCGGACACAACGUGCUGCACCCCAUGGGCUGGGACGCCUUCGGACUGCCCGCGGAGCAGUACGCGAUCCAGACCGGCACGCACCCAGCCGUGACCACGGCGCGCAACGUGGACCGCUUCCGGCAGCAGCUCAAGGCGCUGGGCUUCAGCUACGACUGGGGCCGAGAGAUCUCCACCACCGACCCCGAGUACUACCGCUGGACUCAGUGGAUCUUCCUCAAGCUGUACGAGCGGGGCCUGGCCUACCAGGCCGAGGUGCCCGUCAACUGGUGCCCCGCCCUGGGCACCGUGCUGGCCAAUGAGGAGGUCAUCGACGGGCUGUCGGAGCGCGGCGGGCACCCUGUGGUGCGCAUGCCCAUGAAGCAGUGGAUGCUGCGCAUCACCGCCUACGCCGACCGCCUGCUUGACGACCUGGAGGGGCUGGACUGGCCGGACAGCAUCAAGGACAUGCAGCGCAACUGGAUAGGCAGGAGCGAGGGCGCGGAGGUGCAGUUCGACCUGGCCGCCGGCCCCGGCGCCGCGCUGCCCUCCGGCUCCUGCCUGCGUGUGUUCACCACGCGGCCGGACACGCUGUUCGGGGCCACCUACCUGGUGGUGGCGCCCGAGCACCCCCUGGUGCAGCAGCUGGCCACCCCGGAGCAGUCCGCCGCGGUGACUGCCUACGUGGAGGCCGCCAGCCGCAAGUCCGACCUGGAGCGCACAGAGCUGCAGAAGGACAAGACGGGCGUGCCCACGGGCAGCUUUGCGGUGAACCCGGUGACGGGCGAGCGGCUGCCGGUGUGGGUGGCGGACUACGUGCUGGGCAGCUACGGCAGCGGCGCCAUCAUGGCGGUGCCGGGACACGACACACGCGACCACGAGUUCGCCUCGCGCUUCGGACUGCCCGUCAAGCAGGUGGUGGCCCCCGCUGCGGGCGGCGAGGUGGCUCUGCCCUUCACGGAGCCCGGCGUGGCGGUCAACAGCGCGGGCGCCCAGCUGUCCAUCGACGGCCUGGCCUCCGCCGCCGCCAAGGCCGCCGUCAUCGACUGGCUGCAGGCGCAGGGCAGGGGAGCCAAGCAGGUCAACUACAAGCUGCGCGACUGGCUGUUUGCGCGGCAGCGCUACUGGGGCGAGCCCUUCCCGCUGGUGUACCCGCAGGGCUCGGACGAGGCGGUGCCCGUUCCCGAGUCCAGCCUGCCGCUCACGCUGCCGGAGACGGACAACUUCAAGCCCUCGGGCACGCCCGAGAGCCCGCUGGCCGCCAUCACGGACUGGGUCAACACGGUGGACCCGCGGGACGGCGUGACGCCGGCGCGCCGCGAGACGUCCACCAUGCCGCAGUGGGCAGGCAGCUGCUGGUACUACCUGCGCUACAUCUCGCCCCGCUGCCACGAGGCGCUGGUGGACCGUGAGGCCGAGAAGUACUGGAUGCCGGUGGACCUGUACGUGGGCGGCGCGGAGCAUGCGGUGCUGCACCUGCUGUACGCCCGCUUCUGGCACAAGGUUCUGUACGACCUGGGUGUGGUGUCCACUGUGGAGCCGUUUGGGCGGCUGGUGAGCCAGGGCAUGAUCCUGGGCGAGGUGGAGUACACCGCGUGGAGGCGGCAGCAGGCGGACGGGGCGGAGCAGGCAGACGCCGGCUGGGCGGAGGAGGGCGCGCCGGGGGCUGUGCCCGUCAAGCUGACGGAUGCGGAGGUGGACAAGCGCGGCGAUGGCUACGUGCUCAAGGCCGACCCCAGCGUCAAGGUGUCUGCCCGUGCGCACAAGAUGUCCAAGUCUCGCGGCAACGUGAUCAACCCGGAUGACGUGGUGGACCAGUUCGGUGCGGACUCACUCCGGCUGUACGAGAUGUUCAUGGGGCCGCUGAGGGACACCAAGGUGUGGAGCACUCGCGGCGUGGAGGGCGUGCACCGCUUCCUGGCCCGCGCCUGGCGUGUGUUUGAGGGCGGCGUGACCGAUGAAGAGCCGACCAAGGAGCAGCUCCGCCUGCUGCACCAGACCAUCAAGAAGGUGAGCACGGAGACUGAGGAGAUGCGCUUCAACACCGCCAUCGCCGCCAUGAUGGAGUUUGUGAACGGCGUCACCAAGUCCUGGACCAACAGGCCGCGCAAGGCGCUGGAGCCCUUCAUCCUGCUGCUGUCGCCCUACGCGCCCCACAUUGCGGAGGAGCUGUGGGCACGCUGCGGCCACACAGCCUCGCUGGCCUACGAGGCCUGGCCGCAGGCGGACGAGUCGCUCCUGGUGGUGGACACCAUCAACCUGCCCGUGCAGGUGAACGGCAAGACGCGCGGUACGGUGGAGGUGGCGGCGGCGGCAAGCCAGGAUGACGCACUGGCGGCGGCGCUGGCCAACGGCAACGUUGCCAAGCACGCGGGCGGCAAGGAGAUCAAGAAGAUUAUCUACGUGCCCGGAAAGAUCCUCAACCUGAUUGUGCCCGGGAAGUAAAGCGGGCAAGGCUGCUGAUGUUGGUCUUGAGGUUUGGGGUUGGGUGAUGAUGGUUGGUGGUGGUGCAUGAUGGUUUGUGGUGGUAGAGCAGAGGGGAGGCAGCCGAGCAUUGAAAGGGAAGCGUGCUGCGGGUGCUGAUGAUGGCGCGCGUGCAUACGUGGUGCGUGUGGCGGCGGGUUGGUGCCAGGCGGCGACUCAGGUUUGUAUUGUAAGCGUUUGCGUUCGGGAUGCCGUAUGUAUGGUUGUUGGCGUGCCGCUGACGACGGCGUGCGACGGUGCUGGUGACAUGCGCCGGUGGCAGUCGAUGCCGCAAGGAGCAUGUGGAGGACAGGGGAGCUGAAACACUCUGGCGGAGGCCCCGGCAGGGCCGGUCGGCUUGGGGCUCUCAGAGUUCAGUCUAAGUGUCGGCGGCAGGCAGAUGGCAGGCAGAUGGCGUUUCUAAACACGUGAUGAUUCAUGAUUGCCAGCUUGGAGAUAUCGAGGAUGGAGCAAUGCUGAGCGUCUGUGCGGCUUGGAUCGGAUGCAAGGCUGCGGCAGGACAUGGGUCUGAUGGGUGGCGGACAGGCCACGAGGGGCAAGUGGACGGGUGUGUGCUUGUACAUGCCCACACGGAGUCUGACGGGGGCACGGGGCUUCGCAGAUGCAGGCAUGCAGGGCCCUGCAGGGCAACCGGAGUGGAGAGAGGUGCCGCGGCCUGUAAGAUGACUAGAUGAGCUGUAGUAGCUUCCCCCUGGGCCUACCUGGGCUCGGCCUCUACUGGGGCGCACCAAACAGC